AUGGUUAGACCUCUUUACUUAGUAGUAUCCUUAGCUCGGCUUGCUGCCGAGUCAAGCUCCAAGCUACCCGACACUAGGGUCCUUGUGGAAGACUUUGCUAUCGCCUUCAAGAACGUCGUGAAGGAGAUGAAUGAGGUGAGCUCCUCUGUGAGGAAUGCUACCAUUACUGGUGUGGUCGAUGAGUUGGGUGGGCUAUUGGCUAUGCUAGAGGUGCUAGCCAACCAGACACUUAACAAUUGGCUAGCCCAUGACAUAGACGAGGAGACAAGGGUAUUGUACACAGGCAUUGAGGACUUCGUCAAGUCCUUGGACAAUGUUACUCUACCACAACCAGUACGCGAUGUUGAACAUUACCUAGGAGAGGAGUCGCUACCUGUCCCGACAGUGCCUUUCCUCCCAGUUGGGGAAGCUACGCCUACCACACGUCGACCCGCCAUCGCUAAUACUACUGCUAAUAAUGGAACGCAGUCUCCGGCUACUGGUAAUCAAACCAAUACUCCUACCAAGGGUGGAUACAAGAUACCCCCUAUACCAAAGGACAUAUUCGAUAGACCUCGGGUAGGAGGUAAAGACAGCCCUCUCUUCGAUGACUCAAGGCCACGACGCAGCAUCCAACCCUUGCCCAUUGUGGAGAUACUUAUCCUAUUGAGUGUGUUAUGUCUGGCUAUGGUUGGUGGCCAUUUCUGCAUCAAAGCUCGUGCUGCUGCUGAUAGGAACAUUGGGUACAUUUCCCGUUUGCCAAGAUCUGGUGGAGGCACUCUAACCUGUGAGGCCAAUCCUACCGUGGAUCGGUUCCUUGCUGUAUUCGCCUAUCGGAGGUUCGUACAGUAUGGCCAAGGGGCUAAGUUGGAGAUCAGACGUAUUGCUGCUGAUGGACUACCUGAGAUCAGCAGAGUCUUCGAUGUAGAGAGUCUUGUGAAAAGAGAGGGCUUUGUAGACCAAGGCGACAGAGUCAAACUUGAGGACUUCCUCCAUACAAGCAACCCUCUUGAGGCUGUGUUCAUCACUAAGGAGGUGUUUUGGCCGGAUUUCGAGGAGGUCAAGGAGAAGAUAGUAUCCAAACUACGGGAUGCCGGGAUUACUGGAAAUAUUGAGGUCUUCAUACAUGAUACACCUGAGAACCUAUUGGUGCGACAGAACAGUACAUGGGCACGGUUCAUCCGGGAUAGGACUACCAUGGCACUGUUGGCCCUAAGCCUUGUAGGCUUAGUAUGGUACGUCCCCUACACUUGGAUGAAGUCCAAACGCAAGGAUGUAGUCGCCAAGUUCAGAGUGAAAAUGUCUGGUGAUGGUUAUUGGAGGCUUAUCAGAGAUAAGGUUAAUGCCAUGGCUAUACAGGCAUCCAAUAUGCCUCCGCUGAGUCCCACUACUACAGCAGUAUCCUCCUUGGGUGUUAGUGGCGGCUCUGAGGUCGAUGUUUAG